AUAAACAUCUCGCAACAAAUUCCAGCCCUAAAUUCCUCGGCAAAAUCGCUUGGAAAGUGGUUACAUUUCCUGGCGAAAUCCUGUGAGAAUGUUGUUAAACCGAAUCCACAUUCCCCAAAGAGUCCUCGCAAUGCCUCUCAUGCCUUUCUCACAAAUGAAGUAUGGCUUCUGCGUUUGCUUGUCUUCUUCUUGGUCUCAUAAAAGCACGAGAGAUUUCCGUUGCUUCACUGAUUCGAGCACCAAGAUUUCUGCUUCUGGUAUUGAGAAUACGGCUUCGAUUUCUCUAUCAAAUACUUCUCCUCUAUCAGGAAUAGAAGAUGAAGUGGCAGGAUAUGUAUUUGGCAAGAGGAAGGCAACAGAAGUGGCUCACUUGGUAUGGAGACAUAUUGUCCAGAAAGGGGAUACAGUCAUAGAUGCCACUUGUGGGAAUGGUUAUGAUACUUUAACAUUGCUCAAAAUGAUUACUGAUGGGUCAGGCAGAGGUUGCGUUUAUGGGUUCGACAUUCAGCAGGAGGCUUUGCAAAAUACUUCUUCUUUGCUGCAUGAAGUUUUCCCAGAGAAGGAGAAAGGAUGCGUCAAGCUCUUCUCCAUCUGUCAUAGUCGAAUUGAAGAAAUCAUUCCAGAAAACACCCCUGUGAGGCUUGUUGCGUUCAACUUGGGCUACCUCCCAGGAGGUGGAAAAGCUAUAACUACAACCCCAGAAACUACACUGCUGGCAUUGGAGGCUGCAAAGAGAAUGUUAAUAACAGGAGGACUUAUUAGUGUGAUAGUGUAUGUGGGGCAUCCUGGUGGAAGGGAAGAAUUGGAGGCUGUUGAAACUUUUGCUUCUGGAUUAUCAGUUGAGCAUUGGACCUGUUGCAAGUUUCAGAUAUUAAACAGACCUUUGGCUCCUGUACCCAUUUUCAUAUUCAAGAGAUAAAAGUGCAAGUGUCAUCGUAUCCUGGAGAAUUUAUUCUUUGGUUUGUGCACACUUUUUUCAUAGGAAUUUCAUGAAUCUUUACUUGGGACACUCCUUUACGAGAAUUUGGCUGAAGUCGCAGAGUGCAAAUGUUGCUUCUGGAUUAUCUGGUUAUUAGACUUGAUGCAGCAGAAAAAGUUGAUCAUGAGUGUAAUUACAUAAAAAUGGCAGGGUGACUACUAGAAUACAAUUAUACAAUGAUAAUGAGAAGAAACUGAAAUUGAUGUUUUUCGGAG